AUGCAUAAGAUCUCCAACUUCACCGGCCAGGCUCGCCAUGGCUGGGAACGCAUGACGCCCAACUUUGGCAUGUCACGGCCUCAGCAGGAUGCUCCCAACUCGCAGUAUCGCCGUCCCCAGGGACCGGGCCAGCCACCUCCACAGCAGCCGCACCACCAGCAGCACCCCUCCCAGCAGCAUCAGCAGCUCCCACUUCAGCAGCAGCAGCAGCAACAACAACAGCAGCAGCAAUCGCAGCAGCUCCCGCCACAUCAUCAGCCAUCACAAUCGGCCUCUCCAAAUCCUACCAGUGGUGCCAGCACCCCCGCCGGAACGGUUGUGUCUGCUGCUCCUUCCGUUGAACCGCAGCUGAUUAAUAUAUCCUUUAAUAUACCAUUUUCCUCGAAUUUGCCUGGCCCAGAUCCUGCAGAUAUUCUGCACUCGUCUCCAAACGCCUUCCAACGAUGGACAUUUCCGGAGGGUACUCCAGAGGGGACCCCUACCCACCGUCUGCCAGUCCACACGCAGCAUGUUGACUCACUGCGUAAGUUGUGCCGUCAGAUGAGUGAGAGCAGUGGCGGCCGGAUCGAGGCUACCGUCACCUCGUCCGAGCCCAAGAUGGCCUCUCCCAUGCAGAGACGUCAUCAUGGGCUCGUCACCAACGUCUGCAUCUCAGGAGAAGCAGAAAUGGUACAGCAGAUGAAGGCCAGGAUAUAUCGGGAAACGCCAAUCGUCCUGCGGAGUUUGACCAUUGACGUCGACGUCGACCUCCUCUUGCAGAAGGAGACCGAUUCGAUCCGCAAGAUUGUGCUCGAACAUAUCGAUAUAUUGGCGGGCUACACCGGAGCGGAUAUCUUCCUGCUUAGCCCCAAGAUUGUUGAUGCUGACAAUGCCCUCAGUUCCUCUUAUGGCUACUCUGCUGAUGGUGGGCUGAACCGACGUUUCAGGAUUGCCAUCUACAGUGACGCAGAGAGUGCUGAACAUGCAAAGUCAAGAGUAUUGAUCAUGAUCGAUCAGAUACUCAAACGGCGCGUUGAUGCUGUAAGACUAGAAUUGAGUACUCAUUUCCUUGUCUGUGGCCGUACACGCAAGAACAUCAAAAUGAUUGAAGCCACCACAAAUACUGCUAUCUAUUUCCCUCCCCCGUUCCCCCGUGUAUACGGCUACAUGCCCCCGGGUGCAACGAGACGCUGCGAGGACGAAGUAUAUAUCACUGGAAACAGCCAAGAGGAUAUCAACCUCGUUAAACAAAAGCUCCGCGAUCUAGUUGCUGUUCUCAAGAUAUAUGUCAAAGAAGCCAUCAUCCACCCCGAAAAGGUUGACAGCAUCAUCCUUGAGCGCUUGGACAAGAUCCAGAAGGUCAUGGAAGCAAAUGGGUGUUUUGUUCUACUUCCCCAGCUAGGUAGCGGGACUAGCUCCAUUAGGGUCCAGGGAACAGAUGUUUUGCAUGUCGAGCGUACUAUCCGUGAGCUCAUGAAUGUCGCUGGUCAAUUUUAUGGUGCUACAUGGUGGCUCAUGGCAGACAAUCCACAAAUGCGAACUCCGUCCCCAGCAGACGUCAGAACAAUGCUUUCUGAUAUCUGUGCGAAUUCUGGUGCGGACGUCACUUUCGACAACUUAACAUUCCACAUCCACGGCUCAGACGACUCUGUCAAGGCUGCUAUGAUGGUCAUUCAUCAAAUUCCCUUCGUCAAAAGGUCCCCGCACCAGAUGAAAGUUAAGAUUGAGCUCGCCAAUGAACACAAGGAGUUCGUGAGCGGUAAGAAGAAUGGCAAGAUUAACAAAAUCAUGAGCCAAAUUGUAGGAAACGUCCAAAUUAUUUUUGACGGCUUCAACGAGUACAACUUUUAUAUCGAUGUUUGUGCCAAUGACUAUGAAGCCGUUAAACAGGGUCUCCACCUUGUUGAGCAAGAGAUGCCAGCAUCUAUUUCCUUCCAUGUUCCAGACCAAUACCACAAACGUAUCAUCGGUAUCGGUGGCCAGCAUAUUCAGCGUGUCAUGAAGAAAUAUUCUGUCUUCGUCAAAUUUUCCAAUGCUAUGGACAGAGGCGGCGCCGGAAAAGAUGACGACGAUGGCCGAGUCGAGAACGUUAUCUGUCGUACCCCAGCAAGGAACGCACAGAAUCUCGAACUAGUCAAACAGGAAAUUAUGGACAUGGUUGAGAAAGUCGAUGCCGAGUUCGUCUCGGAGACCGUCGUCGUCAACCGUCUUUACCAUCGUAAUCUGGUUGCAAGGAUCAAGGAUAUUGAUGAGCUAGAGAAGAAGUGGAAUUGCAAGAUUGACUUCCCAAGCACAGAAACGGCCAGUGAUCUAGUCACUAUCUCUGGCCCAGAAUAUCAAGUACCACAGGCUGUUGAUGCGUUCUUGGGAAUGGUCCCGGAAAGCCAUUCUAUGGUGUUCGGUGUCUCCGAUGAACUUCGAGCGUUCUUCCUUACGCCCGAGUUUUCGGAAGUCAUAUGCCGAAAUCUGCGAGAACAAUAUGAAAUCGAGCUUUCCCUGGGAACAGCAACCCGUCAAGCCAUUGUUGACCCAGAGAAUGCAGAGCCUCUAUCUGAAGAUACACUUGACAUGAACUUCACUCGUAACAAUGCUGGCGGCAUCAAAGACGCUGUUGAUUUCCUUAUUUCUCGCCUUGUUCCCCACGGUCUAGACGCCACGACUGUCAAGGGCAGCAUCCCCCGGCCUAAGUCUGAUUCUUUCGAGGACUCGCUUCCAUUUUUCGAUUCCAAGCUUCUUCAUCAUGCUCCCCCUCCGCUUGUUGCAGACUCACCUAUCCGCGCCAGCUUUGCUACUGAUGACUCUGCCGACCGCGGUUCCAUCUUUGGACGUCUUCGAAAACCGGGCUCUAUCGCAUCCUUCUCAUCACUCAUUGGCCGAAAGAAUCAAUCUUCGUCGCCAGGUUCGCUGUUCAAGCACGCCUCCAGCAACGCCUCAAAAGCCUCUCUUGUCUCCAUGGAAUCUCGAGACAGUGGUUACCGUAACCCUUGGAAUGACUCUGGCGUCAAUCUAGCAAAGGAAGACCUGCUCACUCCAUCAGGUAACGGCUGGCCCACUCGGUUUGACAAUAAGUUCCCCUUCGGAACCGGGGGCUCCGGAUCAGUGUCUGGAGGUGACAUGACUCCCAGGCACGACUUACGAGCUUCCUUCGACAGCGGACGACCCAGCACUUCCAACUCCUACUCUGCUCCUAUCGGUCCCCCUCGCUAA